ACUGAAAUCAUAAAUUUGAAAUGUUUUAAUACAGCUCGGACCACCCUGUAUAUUCUACCUAUAACGUACGCAAUCUGACAAAACCCACAAAAAUGUAACUGUCACAAAAUUUCGUGUAGUUUUUUCGUCAAUUUUUUUUUCAAAAAAAUAUCGCUAAAUUAUGAGUAGGAAACUAACAAUACCGAGGGAAUUGCUAGCAAAUAACAAUGAGACUAUAACUAUCCAUAUCCCGGAGGGGGUAAAUCAAGGUACAGACAACCUGAUUGUGAGGAGGCAUGGAAAUAUGUUAAUGGCCCAUAGGGCAGAGGAAGGCGAUAUGGUACCCAGCACAUCUGGAGCCACUACAAGCUUUCACGAACACUCAAGUGGGGAACGGACACUUCAUGACACUUUGCAGAGUUCAAGAUCAACCGGCGUUGAAGCUUGCAAGUCAGCAACCUGUGGACCUGGUUCGACAUCACAACAUACCCAAUCAGAGGUACCCGCUGCAAGGCACCAGCCAACAGUUUCAGCUUCUCCACCAGGAAGGGAGGUCCAAGCGGAUUCAAGGUACCUGCCAUCACUUUCAGCUGCUCCACCAGGAAGACUGCCCCAAGCAACAGUUUCAGCUGUUCCAUCGUAUCCCGGUGCUAAUGCUUGCGUUCCGUGUGCUGGUGGUGGUGGUGCUGUAAGAAGAACAGGCAUACCUCUUCCAGUAGGAAGAUGGGGAGCACCUAGGGCAGUGCCAGGACCGUCGGGUUUGAACCGCGUAAACUGGGCUCAAGGGGAGACUCAACCUAGGGAUCCAUCCGGACAUGCGGUACCUUCUCCCGAAGCGGACGAUAGGGAGAUGAUGUCGUACCUUAACGUGAGCGAGCAGUCGUACCUGAUGGGGUUCCAUCCUGUCAUAUCCAGUACUCAGGACUCGGACGCUUUUAGAACUUGGGACGAAAGCGAUUUCACGCCAUCGGACGAGUCCGAUCGAAUAUUCGUUGACUAUUCGCUGCACAAAUCUCAGGAAGACAGGUACAAUAUUAUCAGAGGUUUGACACCGCCACAAUGUACUCCUUGUCCAAAUGAUCAAGCUGGUACUAGCGCAGCCUUACACGGUCCUUACCGUCCUGGAGUUUUCAGUCCCGCUCUUGCUACCUUUGGCUCAGGUGCCGGAGGACGUCCAAACGCAACCUUUAACGCUGGAGCUGGAGCUGGAGGACAUUUAGACGGGACCUUCAACGUUGGAGCUGGAGGUGGAGGACGGUUAGAGGGAACCUACACUGCUGGAGGAGGAGCUGGAGCUGGAGCACAUCCAGACGGAACCUAUACCGCUGCAGCCGCAGGACGGUUAGAAGGAACCUAUACCGCCGCAGCUGGAGGACAUCCAAACGCAACCUAUAUUACCGCAGCUGGAGGACAUCCAAACGCAACCUAUACAGCUCCAGCUGGAGGACAUCCAAACGCAACCUAUACCGCCGCAGCUGGAGGACAUCCAAACGCAACCUAUACCGCCGCAGCUGGAGGACAUCCAAACGCAACCUAUACCGCUGCAGCUGGAGGACAUCCAAACGCAACCUAUACCGCUGCAGCUGGAGGACAUCCAAACGCAACCUAUACCGCUGCAGCUGGAGGACAUCCAAACGCAACCUAUAUCGCUGCAGCUGGAGGACAUCCAAACGCAACCUAUACCGCUGCAGCUGGAGGACAUCCAAACGCAACCUAUACCGCCGCAGCUGGAGGACAUCCAAACGCAACCUAUACCGCCGCAGCUGGAGGACAUCCAAACGCAACCUAUACCGCCGCAGCUGGAGGACAUCCAAACGCAACCUAUACCGCUGCAGCUGGAGGACGUCCAGACGCAACCUAUACCGGUGGAGUCUGCGACGCGGACUGUUCAGGCGGUACAGCAGGUGGUGGAGCUGGAGGACGUUUAGACGGUACCUACACGGCUCAUCCCUCCAUGAGGACUCCUCCAAAUUUCCUGGACUACCCUCCAUUCGACACGGCAGUGGCUAGAAUGUACCCGGAUAGACACAUGGACUCGUGGGAGAUGAUGGGACUCACGCCUCCAGGACCGGAUACGCCGCGAGGCAACAAAACCCAUCCUCCACGCUACGCCAGAAAACUCGAUUUCUCCGACACUCAGGACUCUCCCCCGCGACCGUUCUCCCCUAGCCCGCAUCCCUACAACUUCAACGUGAACAGAACCUGCCCAGGAGCGGGCUCCGCCUCCAGCGACCAAGACAGCAGCGUGGACUGGUUCAGGCCCUACAUGACCAGCACGAACCAGGCUACCGGUCGUACAGGAGCUCGCAGAGAGAUCUUCGACAGCAUCAGAGUAGGUCGGUCUCCAGGACCAAGCGGAGUGUCCAGGUCCAGUCCCCAAGACGUCUCGUACGACUGGAGCAGCGAGUCCGAUCCGAUCUUUGGACCCCAGAGGUCGAUACCCAGGUCUCCUUCUCCGGGACCUAGACAAGAUGUUCCUGGAAGACGAUUGAACUUCACCAGCGAUUCUUCAGGAGCCGGAGCAGGAGCCUGCGUUGAAGGUAUAUGUGCAGAAGAAAGCUUGCCUUCGAUGUUCCAACCUAGGGCGACUAGCACGAGGCUUAGGGAGCAGAGAUCUCCUUCGCCUAGACCUAGACGUGAAGCCAGAGGGGGAGGAUGUGGACGUGGAUGUCCAGGGGUUGCUGCUGGAGGAAGACAGAGAACUUCAGGUGCUGGAGCUCGUGCUGGACGAAGAGGAGGAUGUGGAGGUGGAUGUGCAGGGGUUUCAGAUAGCCCUCCUUCCUUCUUCCAACCUGGAGCAGCUAGCACGAGGCUAAGGUCGUACGAUUCUAACAGCGCGAGAUCUAGGCGUGAAGGUUCUUCUGCUGGUUACGAAGCUGACGAAUCGUCGUGUUUUUGCAACUGAAACAUGCAAAUCGAUUUCGCCGAGUAAAAGAAUGGGAGUUUCAGCAAUAAGUGUUUCAGCAUAAUAAUCUGUGAUAAUAAAUGCCAAAGAUAUUCAUUAAUAUGUAACAAAAAGAUAAAUAAAUGAUAUGA